GCAACUACUUAUCGGCUCAAGACUUUAUCGUUUCAACGUGUCUGAUAUCGCUUUAGUUUUACGUUGGCGCUUUUUCCUUUAAUCCUCUCCUUGCAUCCUUUCCGAACGUUUUCUCAUAGCUGCGGUGAUCUCCCUUACAUACUGCCCAACCGGUUCAACCUUAAGCUGGAUUCCCACAUAGUCAACUGCCAGCUCCCAAGUCUGCGCAUCAUCGAAUCCAUUAACCUCUUAGACUAUACCCCAAGGUUACGCUCGUAAGUCGAUUACUGCGUAGCAUGAGCGGCCAUUCUCCCACCAGAUUAGCUCUCAUGAAGAAGAGGCCGGUUGGACGAAAGCUCUCCUCAUUUGAGCAAGUCAUGUCUUUUGAAGAACGCAAGCCACAGGAAAAUGUAAAUUCCACCUCUCCAAGAGGUGGGUACGAGGAGGUGGGUGACAAAGACAGCGAUGACGGUACUGAACCGCAAGGGCCACCGACAUGGGCCAACAAUAACUCCCACACCUCGCAUUUUGCUCCAUAUCCUCUCCAACACCGGCCGCCUCCGGGGUUUAUGGUACCUCCAGAUAGUAACUUCUUACCACCUGGUAUGAUGAAUCCCCAGCAAUAUUCUUCUGGUUUUGGACAGUUCCCCCCGCAUAUGGUGCCUCCCCAGUACCUGCAGUUUCCUCAUCUACAGCCUCAAUCUACCCCAGACGAACCCCCCCAGUCGCCACCCAAGUCCGGAGGUAGAGAAAGUAACUCUCCAAGGUCUAAGGCGUCUAGCGAUGAUGAAGCGGAUGACGAUAAAAACCCCUCGCGUUCCGUGCUGUACGCACUGUCACACCCUCCGUUCCCGUACUUCUCCCAUGCUAACGGUAUGGGCUUUCCACCACCGCCCCCACCCGGCUAUCCAAUGAUGUUUCCGCCAUUUCCUAUGAUGCAUCCGAUGUUUUUCAAUGGCUCUUCCUUCCAGUUCUUUCCACCAAUGUCACCCAGAACAGCCGUAUCGACGUUGUUGACUGCGAGCGAGAAUUUGCCCGAAUUGGAUAUGGAUGUGGCAGGAACAGCUUGUGUGUUGUACGAUAUACAAAGUGCGUUGACGAAAGAAUGGAAGGAGGAGCAGAGAAAGUACAAUGAGGGAGAAGAUGACCACGACUCAGAGUCCUCAGCCUCAGAGGAGGUUGAUUUCGAAACUGUUGAGUAUGACCGCUACGCAUAUAAACGAUUUGAUAUCCUUCGAAAACAAAUUCCUGGGGAGUUUAUAUGCGUCCACGAAGAGGCCCAUAAAUCCGUAUCUCUCCGUUCAAGGAUCCCUAGAGAUGAUGUCUCAAGCAACGGUUAUCGCACUGAGCAACAGAGCACCGCUACAAAGCUUCCCACCAGGAAGCAGAUUCAGAGCGAUGUCUCGGACUUGUUGAAGAGCUACGAUCAAGACUUGAUUUACGCUAACGGGAACAAUCGGGAAAAGAGACGACAGAUUUUGUACUCUGCCUACUCCAAGUUGGAGGCCUAUAAUCAUAAGCACCAGGAAUUGUUAUAUAUGGUGCGCCGCCAAGAAUUGGUCUCGAAACUUGCCGGUCUUGAAGCCUGUGUCAAACCUUCGUACUCACAAAUGGUUCCGUUUGCCAGCUCUGCUGUAUCAAUCAAAGAUGAAGAAUUGGCGGAAAUAGAGCUUGACUUGUCGGAAGAGCGUGAUUUGGAACUCGUGCGCUUAAAAUACUUUGCCGAGUUCCAGAAGGCUCAAGAGGUUGUUUCGUUUCUCUCGCAGUGCCAGGAUAAUUUCGACCAAAUGCACGGCAAAACCAUCGAGAAGUUGCUGAAUUUAAAAGCCUACCUUGUUAACCAAAAAGAGGUUCUCGAGGAAGUGUUGGAAAGCCCUGAGGAUGACGAAUUGUUCAAACUCGGGACUAUAAAAUCCGAGAAAUUGGCCAAUCUCGGAUUCGGAUACUAUCUCAUGGAUUCGUCAAAAUUACAGAAUGUGUUCAAGCAAACUCUGGUAACCUCCAACGUGUUGCCACCGCCUGAACUCCUUCAUAAUGGUACCGUACCCUCAACACCAGCACCACUGAUAUUUGAGCCUCGAGAGUUGUCCUUCCCGAUGACAUCCUCGGAGUCCGAUUCAACUCUCUACAAGUCAGGUAAGGUCGCGGCACGAGAAGAAGCUGACGUAGUUGAUGCGAGUCUUCCUCUCGGUAAGAGAAGAGGUGGUCCCCGCAACACCCAGGCCACCGAUUCAGCUACCAAGCCAAAUGAUCCAAAGAGACCAAAGCUUGCUCAAGCGUCUCUGCAGGGCUCGUCUGUUGGGUUCAAGCUGGAGCAUCGUGCACCUGCAGAGUUUUUACCGAUGAUCAAGGAAGAAGAGUUGAUGAGCAUCAACAAACAUGUUACAGCAGAGUACAUCCGCGAUAAUAUCAAGUCCCACAAGGGAGCCCCGUCUCUGAACAGAAAGCAAGCACUGGAAAAGAAUACACACCACGCGACUCCUCCUCAGGAUACGGCGCAGGAAUUUAGCAGCUCGGAAUCAGAAGUUCUCGGUACGCACGGCUCCGGAAACGGCAGCAAGUCGCGGAAAGCGAGAAAUUGCAACCGAGUCAGCACUUUAAAGAGCCAAUUCGGAGGUGGCUUAGAUGAGCCCCAGGGUGAUAGCCAACGCGAGGGGAAGCUUUUAAACAAGAUCAUGAAACAGUACGUCUCCCCCGAUUCGUUAGAUACUGAAUCUAUUGACGCGGAUUUGGUUUUACUUGGAAGAGCAAGUCGAUGGUAAAUAAAAACACCCAAAAAGGUGACUCUUCAAUUAAUACGUAUUUACAAAGAGUAUACAUAUCUUUCGCUUAAUUCUAAAUCAUUAUUG